AUGGCGCCGAAGGUGCAACCUACAGAGAAGCGUCGAGCUAUUGCCAUCGUGUACUUCCUGACUCCGAUGGUCUGGACAGGUCCCCAGCAGAUGGAACCACUUCGAUGGACAGUAUACUUGAAUGAAUGCAUCGACAUACUCAUCGAAGAAAAGGAAACCGAGCUGGAUUUCUUGCUUAUCCAUCAAGCGAGGUGUCAUAAGAUCAUGGACAAGGUCACUCAUUUCUCUGUCAAUUCAACCGCCGAAAGUGGAAAUCCCAAAGACCCAAGAAUCCGCUUUGUCAACACAAUGCUCCACAAGCUGCAAAAAAUGCAGCAAAACCUACCUCCCGUAUUACAGUCAAACAAAACCGCCCUCCUCCACAUCUACAACACUUCUGUCAUCAUCCGCGAAGCUGCCCUCCACCGCCCCAACCACCCCGAGUCCUCAGAUUGA